UUUUGUUUAGACAUCACAAGAAGUAAAAGAGAUGCUGAAUGGAUACAAGAUGAAAAAUAACUUGCUGGGCUCCAAGGACAAAGCUUCCACUUUCCUUACACCAUCAAAUUUGAAGAUUCCAGACACUGUCGAUUGGAGAACGGAAGGUUAUGUGACUCCAGUUAAGAACCAAGCCCAUUGUGGAUCAUGCUGGGCUUUUAGUACAACUGGAUCUUUAGAAGGACAACACUUCAAGAAGACUGGCAAGCUUGUCUCUCUUAGUGAACAGAAUCUUGUAGACUGCUCUGAGUCAUUUGGAAACAAUGGUUGUCAUGGUGGUCUGAUGGACAAUGCUUUUAAGUACAUUAAAAGCAACGAUGGUGUUGACACUGAACAAAGUUACCCAUAUCUUGCCAAGGUUGGCACUUGUCAUUUCAAUGUUUCUGAUGUUGGUGCGACUGACACUGGUUUUGUGGAUAUUGCAUCGGGAGAUGAGUCUGCCCUCCAAGCAGCCUCUGCUUCCAUUGGUCCAAUCUCAGUAGCAAUCGAUGCUAGCCACAGUUCCUUUCAGUUUUACCACACAGGUGUUUACGACGAACCCGCUUGUAGCAGUACUCAACUUGAUCAUGGUGUCCUAGUCGUGGGAUAUGGCAGCGAAGACGGUCAAGAUUACUGGCUUGUCAAGAACAGGUAGGCAAACUUAUUUUGUCAGUAAUGAUGUGUUAUUGCUCUGGCUGCUUUAACAAGAUUUUAGAGGUCACUGGAAUGUUUUACAUUGACCCAGUAAUUGGAAAUGUUCAGUAGAUCAAAGGAACUACCUACAUUGGAAUCGUGAUUUUUUGAAACUGCAAGGGAAACAAAAAUUGCUGUGGAAAUUUUUGUGGU